AUGGGCAAGCCUAUUGUUUUGCAACUCGGCGACGAUAUCAAAUGGAAUCAUGAUCUUUACAAGGAGUUCACUUCUAAAUUCGAGAUUCGGCGGUCUUACAGCAUGCCACGCGCCGAGUUCAUUCAGGCACUGAAGGACAAGAAGUUUGGAGACUUCUUCGCCAUCUACCGUCCUUUCUGGAACACAGGAGGCGAGAUGGGCAACUGGGACCAAGAAUUGAUUUCGCUUCUGCCAUCAUCAUGCAAAAUUUCUGCCAGCGCCGGCGCUGGAUUUGACUGGGUUGACACGGAAGCUCUUGCAAAGAGGGGUAUUAUCUACUGCAACGCGGCCGCAGCCUGUACCGAAUCCGUCGCCGAUGGAGCAAUCUGGCUCAUCAUUUCUAUUUUCCGCCUCUUUUCUUGGUCCUCCGUUGCUGCUCGCUCUGGUGACCCAGACCAGUUUGUUGAAGCCAACAGAGGGCUCGCUGCCGUCUCACGAAACCCCAACGGCUUCAGUCUGGGGAUUAUCGGUUACGGCAAGAUUGGCCGACGCAUCGCAGAGAAGGCUUAUGCAUCUCAUGACAUGAAGAUUCUCUACAACGACGUUGUCCGAAUGCCCCCGGAGCUCGAAAAGCCCACGAACGCGACCUACUACAAGAAUAUUGACGACUUGCUGGCCACUGCAGACUGUGUGAUUGUCGCAACGCCUUUUGCAGGCAAGACCCUGCUAGAUGCGACGGCAAUCAACAAGAUGAAGAGAGGUGCUAAGGUCAUCAACAUUGCUCGUGGCAAGCUGAUCGACGAGGAUGCUUUGAUUGCUGCGUUGAAGAGUGGUCAGCUGUCUGCUGCUGGACUUGAUGUUCAUUUCAACGAACCUCACGUCAGCAAAGAACUCAUCAACAUGAGAAACGUCGAGGUCCUGUCACACAACGCCGGUGCGUCUUUGGACGCCCACAUUGGGUUUGAGAGGUUGGGAAUGGAAAACAUUUUGUCGUUCAACGAAACUGGCAAGGCUGUUUCGCCUGUCAACGCUCACUUGAUCAAACAGAGUCGUCUUUAA